AUGACCACCAGAAGAAUAGUCAACGACGAGAAGUCGUAUCUCGACAAUGAUGGAAGGGGAGCGUCGGGGCCUUCUGAUAUUGCACCCGCGGUACCAACCUCCGUCAUCUGGAAACUAAUGAGCUUCACAUUCGCCAUGAUCACGCUCCCAAUCAGCACAUACUUCUUCACAGUCAACUUUGUUUUUGGAGGCAACGCAACCUACGCGGGCGGUCUCGCUGCGCUCAUGGCAAACGUGGUGCUUAUUGCGUACGUUGUCAUGGCGUUCAAGGACGACCAGGAAGAGCAGCGAGAAGAGGCGGAGAAAUCAAAGAAGACGCUGUAA